AGCCGGGACGCACCCUCCUUCCGCCCGGCCUGGCAGACGCUGCUCGGCAGCCGGCGCGUGCAGCCCAAUGACCGCGGACAUGCUGGGCGCGGGGGAAGCAGAGAGCACAAGACCAGGAUCAGAAGAGCAGGUCCCUCUGUAUGAAGAAUUUAUUUACUGUUGUGGAGCUGCUACUCAGGUCUUAAAGUGUGGGCCCUGGAAAGACCUCUUGGAAACUGAAAGUAAAACUCUCCCCAGGCUCUUAUUUCUGAUUAUUCCAGGUAACCCAGGACUGGCAGGCUAUUACAGGACCUUCAUACGGGCAUUAUACCAUGGACUAAACCGGCGGUAUCCAGUUUGGGUUGUGAGCCAUGCUGGGCACUGCAAGCCCCCUAAUGGCAUGGGAAUGACAGAAGACACGGAUAUUAAAGAACUAGAGGAUGUCUUUGGACUUCACGGACAAAUUGAGCACAAGUUGGACUUCCUCAGAAAGAACGUGCCAAAAGAUAUGAAGCUUGUGCUGAUUGGUCAUUCAAUCGGUUGCUACAUCACCCUUGAAAUGAUGAAGAGGGCAUCAGAACUUCAGGUUCUCCGCUCUGUGCUGCUGUUUCCAACAAUAGAACGCAUGGCUCAGUCCCCGCAAGGCAAGCUCCUGACACCUGUGCUGUGCAAGCUUCGGUACAUUCUGUACAUGCCAGUCUACCUGCUGUCAUUUCUCCCGGAAAGAGUCAAAACUUCCAUGGUGCAAUUUGUGCUGCGAGGAUUGAAAUAUCCUGAUGAAGCUUCAAUAGUUACCUCCCUAAAUCUCUUCAGUGUGGAUUGUGUUGCGAAUGUCCUAUAUAUGGCAAGCCAAGAAAUGAUGAAGGUUGUGGAGCGAGACAGUACAACUAUCAAACAAAAUUUAAAGAAGCUGAUUUUUUAUUAUGGAGUUGCAGACAACUGGUGCCCACAACAGUAUUUUGAAGAGAUCAAGAUGGAUUUUCCGGAUGGGGACAUUCGGCUCUGUGAGAAGGGAAUCCGCCAUGCUUUUGUCCUAGAUGCCAGCAGAGAGGUGGCGGCGAUGAUCACAGACUGGUUACAAGACAUUCUGACCAGAUUAUAAACACUCGUUCAGUGAAUAAUGACAAGAAAAAAAAAGUUGCCCUUUGGUGAAUGUGUAAUUCUCUGUCAGAGUCUGACCCUAAUUUUUCUGUGCAUUAUAGAUUAUGGCUUGUUUUCUACUGAGACAUCUUACAGAAGGAUAAAGUCCCACUGACUGGUCUAAAGUAUAGCUCCAUCAGCACAAUAAUAUUGGAUCCCCAUGCUGUACCAGCAGGGCUCUACAAGGCAUUUCAGGGAUUCUAUCAAAUAUAGAUCAGGACUUUACAGAGUAUGAAAUAAUUAUCAGCUGAUAGCACUGUCCCCAAAAUUGGUAUGAGAACUACCAAGACAUCUCUCUGGACACAUGGCUGGUAAGUGCUAGAAGAGCUACACGUUCAAAAUGAGAGCAGGGAAAGGACAGACCUAAGGUCAAAAGUCUCAAAGUGGAAUGUCUCAAGUUAAAUAGCUAAAUCCAUAUUCAUCCACUUACAUAAGUGGCGUGGUUCUCAGAGGUACUGCACACUCACUGCGGUCAAUGGGAACUGCAGGUGUUCAGCACCUUUAAAAAAUCAAGCCACUUUUGUCAUGUGCCUAAAUAUAGAUUUAAGUCCCUAACUCUAGAGGGAUGCAAGAUUAACACUUUUGACCCAAAUGCACAAGUUGAAUGAAUUCACAAUAAGAAAAUGGCCAACAUUUCUGUCACAACUGGAUGUGCAUAUGAAAUUUCAUGAACCAUUUUAAAACAUAUAGGCCCAGAUCCUCAGAUGAUGUAAAUAAGCUCCAUCAGUUUGUCAGUUUGUACCAGCUGAGGAUCUGGUCCUUACUCUAAUACAUUACUGAUAAAUACACUUCAUCAUCCUCAUGCACACUCCUUCGCCCUUUUAUUUCACUUCAAUCUAGAUUGCAAACAGUGCAAAAAAAAAAUCUAUCGUGAAAAUGACUCAAAGCUAAGAAUGAAAACUCUAUAGGCAUUGGGAGCAGAAAUUGCCAAGAGAGACAAGUGGAAUCAGGAAAAAUGUCCUAACAGUGAGAUUGUGAAAUAGUCUCUCAAAGGAAAAGAUAUGAGCGCAGUCCCCAGAGACACUUAAAAAUAGAAAAAGCACUGGAUAAUAUAGUGUAAGGAGCAAUCCUUCCCUGGCAGGGAGAUUGGUGACCUAAUAUGUCUUUUACAUCUCUGACUUGUAUGAUCCAUUAAGAAUUUAAAUAAGGCACUAGGGGAGAUGAUAAGGAAGUCCUGUAUGAUGCAGGAGGUCAGACUGGAUAACCCAAGAAUUCUCUUCUUGCUAUUCCUUUAUAUGAUUACACACACAGUCAUUUCUGUUUAAGUUCCUUUGUGGUAUUUAAAGGCAAACUGUAGCAGAAUCCAAUUUCCAGUUUUCUGUGGACUUGUCUUCAGAACUCCAGGGUUGUAUAACAUCUGGUACACCAAUGAAUUUAUGGAUGAUGUUUGUGAAUGAUGUUAAUGAAACAGAAGAUGAUGCUUAAGGUUGAAAUGUUAGGCAGUCUGUAGUAGCAUAAGUUGAGUGUGUGUGAGGCAAUUGUCCCAGACUGUUCUGUGAAACUAACCCGGUCAUGGUUAUUACAAGCUCAUAGAAGCCGCCUUCUCUCAGCAGGACCAUAGUGGCGCAAUAGAAUAUAUGUUGUUGCCUUAUAUGGUCAUAACAACUGCAACAACAAAAAUCACUGUGCCCAGUUUUGAAAUCUACAGUUAUAUGUGUGAUCAAACAGCCCCCAGAUGCUGAUAUGCAGUCAUUUUAGAUGUUCUUUCUGCUGCGGCUUCUGAACCCAUGUUCUGGCAUAGAUAUUCCAUGUGCAGGGUGAAGCAUAUAUAUGUAUGUUAGCAACAAAUGUCAGCAUUGAGUUCAGUAGAUUCUUCUGUAAUUACGUGUUGAUAUGAUUGAAUAAAUUGUUCAUUCCUUGCAGUAUAUUGAAUUGAAUAGCUGGGUAUGGAAUCAGUUUGUAAACAUUCAGCUGUUUUAAGUGGCCCUUCCAGAGGUAGAAAAUCUUGCCGUAACAAGAGACUACAAGCAACCACUGAAGCCUGGAAACUGAAAACCUAUGGUGUACUCUUGUUCACAGUGUAUUAUUCAUAUACAGAAGAUGGGGAACUGACUUCACAAUACAUGAACUUUGUGUAUUCUUUUUAUAUUGUUCCUCUCUUGUGCCCUGUUAAACGAUGAUAGUAAAUCCCACUGAAUGCACUGAGGCCUAUCAUGUGGGUAGAGAUGGUCAGUAACAGCCAGAUCUGCUGCUGAAUAAUCCCUUAUGACUUUAUUAAAUCUGUUUGCUCUAAGGCUAAUGAGAAUUUUAUGAAUCAAUCAAUUCCUUCCUCUUGGGAGCUGAUUCCGCAUGGUUGAAGUCUGGAAAUACGCUACUCUGCUCAGUGCUAACAAGAAGGGGCCUAGUUUUCAGAAGUACUGACCCCCAUCUCCGCCCCGCACCUCUUGUUGAAGCCAAUGGGAACUAAUCAGCACCUCUGAAAAUCAAGCUCUAUGUGUUGUGCUGACUGAUCUGAUCUGCAGUAUGAGAAAUAUUAUUCUUUUCACGCUGAGAGCAGCAGGCUUUUCACCAGGAAAAUCCAACUCCUCUGGUGCUAAGAGGUUAGCCAAGAUCCGAGGCACAGAACUUCAAAAGAGAGCAUGGGUCAAACAUGCCAGUUUAACUGUAAGAAUACAGUAAAACCUUGCUAAUUUGCAGUAAUGACUGGUGACCGAUUGUAAAUGAAUUAAUUUUGUGAAUUAGGCCCUGAUCCAGUCAAGCUCUAAAGCUCAUGUUUAACUCGUGAACAGCCCCAUUAACUUCAACGGGACUUCAGCUGAUGCUUAAGUGCUUUGCUGAGUAAGUAUGAGAUGUUGCAUAUCUAAAGGUAAACACAAGGUAAGUGUUUUGCUCAAUUGGGGCCUUUUGGAGAAAGUGAGCAAACACAAUCAGAAAAGUACAAACAUUUCUAGCAAAAUGGACUUGCUUGUAUUUUGACAUCAAUUAAUUGGUUUUAAUUCUCCUACUUCAUAACCUAGUGCCUGCAGAAUUUCCAAAAACUACUGCCUGACUUAGGAGCCGAAUUCCCAUUUUCAAAAGUGACUUAGGCACAUAGGAGCCUACAUCUCAGUGAAAGUCAAAUGGAUUUAAGCUCCUGAAUCACCUAGACUAUUUAGUCUUUGCUGUCGACAGCACCUCUUUGUAUGUGUUAUAGUAUCUGUGGUUUAGUGAGAUUCCGCUAUAUAGGAGAAGUUUGCCUGAUAUGUGUACAGCUGUUAUAGUGGAGAUUUUGCACUGGGACAUGAAGCUAAGCAGGGAGGACUGUGUAGGUACACACACAAAGCAGAAUCUGUCCUCUACAGUUGUUCACAUUUACAUAUUUAAUUUUUCAGCGAAUCAGUUCAUAUUUGCAUCUUUUCUUCAUCUUUUCUUCCACCACCCAACACCCGAAGCCUAGCUAGCCUACAAACAAACACUCUGAAUAAGAGACAAAGUUUUAUUGUUAGCACAGUUGCUCAAAACAUUAUUGGAUUUGUGUAAACCUGCUGGAUCCAGGAGACUGUCAUGUUACUCUCAGUGUCACAGGUCACGCUCAGGCUCACAAUUACAGUGAGGUUCUGCGUCACUUCGCUCACAGCAAAACAUUCUCUUUCUCAGCGUUUAGACAAAAUAAGAAUCCAGGGAGAGUUUGCGAGUGACCAGGCACCAUUAAAGCAGCAUAUAUUGCUAGAACAACUGAUGGGAUUUUAGUAAAAGCAAAAACUGUAGCGGCAGUAAAUACAAUCCGGUUGCCAGAAGUGAUUGUUGCUCAAGGCGGCAUCACGCAGAAGUUAUGAAACAGGACAAUUCUCAUGCACAAGUGGGACAGAGGAAGAAAAAGCCACUGCCUUUGCCUUGAGAGUGCCUCAAUUAGAGAUUAUUUUCAAGUGUUCAAGCUGAUGCUAAGUGAAGUGGAUUUUUCCAUUUCGUAUAUUGCACAAAAGUACUUGCAAGAAAAUAAUUGU